AUGGACCCUGCAGGUUUCUCCCAGUACUACGAGGAUUUGUCGUCCGCUGUUCUCCGCGUUUCUAAGACUGCCGGAUACCUCGCGGGAGAAGACCUCAACUUCCAUCGCACCUCCAGCGCGGAAUUUUCCAAGUCGCUCGAUGAAGAAAGCGAGCGCAUCCUUGCGCUUACAUCUGCAGUGAUCAAAGCUGCCAACGCCGGCACAGACUUGACCGGCCCCACCCUUCAAGAUGAGGAUUCGAUCGACGACAACUGGCGCAGCGUGGUGGAUGUGAUUGAUUCGCUAUUGGAGAAGGCCGAUGCCUGCUUGGAUGAGUUCACCGGUGUGAUCAAGAAGCUUAGCCCAUCACAGGAGGAACAAGCGCAAGCUGCCCCAGCCAAGAAAGGACCUGCCUUCCCAACGAUCUACGACUACGGCCCAUCCAAAAUCCCCAAACCUCAGUUGGAGUUCGAGCGCAAACCGGAUAGCACCGAUAUGAGCCCAUUCAAGCCCCUGCUCAAGUCCAAGCCUCACGCGAUUGUCCCAUUGGAGAAGUCUUUGAAGAUGAAGAAAAUCGAUGGUGUAGAAGCUUACCCUCAUCCAUACGAGACGGAGAUCCGCGAGUCCCAGUACCCGGAGCCUGUCUAUCAGGUUUCCCCGCCUAUUGACUACCUGCCAUUCGAAAGCACAACUGCUACGUUCGUGGAUACUUUGGAUGGGGUCAAGGAUAUGUUGGAAGAGCUCAAAAAGGCCAAGGAGAUUGCCGUCGAUUUGGAGCACCACGAUGUCCACUCAUAUCACGGUCUUGUAUCUUUGAUGCAAAUCAGCACCCGGGAGAAGGACUGGGUUGUCGACACUUUGAAGCCUUGGAGAGAAGAACUACAAAUUCUGAACGAAGUUUUCGCGGACCCAAAGAUCUUGAAGGUCCUGCACGGUGCCACCAUGGAUAUCAUUUGGUUGCAGCGUGACCUCGGUCUCUAUAUGGUCGGCAUGUUCGAUACUUUCCAUGCUGCAUCCGCACUGGGUUUCCCCAAGCGCAGCUUGAAAUUCCUGCUCAGCAAGUUCGUCAACUUCGAAGCCGACAAGCGCUAUCAGACUGCCGAUUGGCGAGCUCGCCCACUUCCCACUGGCAUGUUCGACUAUGCCCGCUCGGAUACCCACUAUUUGCUUUACAUUUACGACCGCCUCCGAAACGACCUUAUUGAAGACUCCACCGAGGAAGCAAGCAAAAUUGAUUACGUCAACGAGGGUUCCAAGAAGGAGGCUCUACAGCGGUAUGAGCGUCCUGUGUAUGAUGCCGCGAACGGCCUUGGCCCAGGAGGCUGGUACGAUCUGCUUUGGCGUAACCCGGGAAAUUUCUCCAAGGAGCAAUUCGCUGUUUUCAAGGCAGUCCAUCAGUUCCGCGACGAAGUUGCGCGCGCCGAAGAUGAGGGCUGGCAAUGUGUUUACCCCAAGCACAUGUUGUUCAAGCUUGCCCAGACUAUGCCCCUUGACCUAGGUACCCUGUUCCGCACCUUAUCGCCAAUGACCCCCAUCACCAAGGAGCGUGCCUCGGAUCUCUUGGAUGUUAUUAAGCAAGCCAAGGUCGACAGCAUCGAUGGCCCUGAGUGGCGGGACAUCGCACCACCAAAACACGUCUUCAAGGCCCCCGAAGACACCACCCCCCAGUCGGAUCCCAGUGCCCCUGUCGCAGGACGGUGCGAGACAUCUCAAUUCUGGGGUGAUGUUUUGAAAGCGAAGGAACCGUCUCUUCCAAUUGCCCAUACACUUUCCGCCCUCGCAGAAGCCAUGCGCAUUUCUCUCCCUCUGCCACCCAUGCCAACCACCAUCUCCGAACCCCAGGAACAGGUCAUCACCGCCUCUCCACCCACUGCCAGCCAGACUGCCCCGGCCCCGGCCCCCUCAAAGCCCGAGGCACCGAAGUACUUCACCGUGAAGGACCUUGGCGGUCCCCGCAAGCGCAAGGUCACUCCCAUCGACAACCCCGAACAAGCCCUUUCUACGACAGCCGACCUCGACGACACCAGCAACCCCGACGUCAUCCAAGUGGUCAGCAAGAAGUCUCGCAAGGACAAGAAGAAGAGAAAGGAAGAGAAGAAGGAGGAGAAGGCCAGGAAAGCCAAGGCCGAAGCCGAAGCACCCUUCGACUACGGCGCGGCCGAUGCCGUUCUCAACGCGCCUUCUGCUGCCACCGCCACCCAACCCCGCCGCAAGGCCUUCAACCCCUACGCCAAGGCCAUGGAGGCACCCUCUGGCGCGCGCAAAAUCAAGCGGGACGAGACUGGCAAGUCUCUUACGUUCCGUCAGUAG